UAUAACAUUAAUUGCUCAGAAUGCCUAGUAAUGGCGGUGGUAAAAAAGACGGACCCGAAGUUAUCGUUACCAAGUUGCUAGAUCCACCUGAAACUGACGCGGCAACAAAGGAAAGAGAGGAAUUGCUAAAAGUUUUAGCUGAGCUUGCUGGCCGACUUGAACAUGAACUCAAGGAUGUGCUGAGAUUCUGGGACAAUAACUCCUUAGAUACAGAACAUUUGGGCUACCUGACUUGUGUUGACUUCGAUGGGACAAUUUAUGAUACCACGAAAUACUGUGCUCUUGAAGCUCAACAGACGUACAUUUACGCCAAGCUGUACAAUUGCACUGAUGUCUACCAUACUGAAGAUAUGUUAAACACCGCCAAAAUGGGAGGUGAAUUCCUUCUACGACACGCUUAUAGGUCAAGUGAUGGUCGAUGCUUUCACUCUGUCACUAGAGAAGGAAAGCCCUUGAGUGUUCGUCCAAACAUUAUCUCUGAAGUUUAUUUCGUGAUGGCUUUCUUUGAACUGCACUAUGCUACAAAACAAUCCAACUAUAUUUCACGUGGAGAGACGGUAUUGAAGACAGUUCUUGCGUGGAUUAAAGACAGCGGGAAUAUCAACUCAUACGGAAUGGAUACAAGCUAUUCUACGCUGAGUGAUCUUGGUCAUGUACUGCGAAUGUUGUUGGCCAUCUCGGAACAUAAUCCCACAAAACUCCGACAACACAAAGAGGACUUUGCGUAUCUCACCAAACGUAUCCUGCAGCACAUUCAGAGGAGUAAUACAGUGGUGUUAGAAACUGUUCAAAGUACCGGAGAGAUCGAAGGAGCAAUUGGGAGACUUGUUAACCCUGGAGCCGUCCUGGAGAUUGGGUGGCUUCUGUUGAAAUACUCUCUCAUCGCUCAUAAGAAGGAACUUAGGAAGCAAGUGUUGACCCUGUUCGUAGAUAAAAUGUUUACUGCUGCAUGGGACCCCAAUCAUGGUGGUAUAUUCACAUAUCUAGAUGUUGAUGGACUAAGUCCUACUGAGCUUACAUGGAAUAUGAAAUUGUGGUGGCCUGUUACGGAAGCCAUGAUAGCUCUAAUUACCUCUUACAAGAUCUCCGGUGAAAGAAAGUUCCUCAACAACUUCUCCAGAGUAUUCGACUACGCUAUGGUUCAUUUCCGGGAGCCAGGGCAUGGUGAGUGGUACGGGUACGCUGAUAACGAAGGACGAGUUACACACACGUUUAAAGGUGGUCCAGAUAAAGGUUGUUUUCACGUUGCAAGAUGUUUGUGGAUGUGUGCUCGGGUUGUCAGGGAUAUCGUCGCUGCUGGUGGGGUCGAGAAAUAGACAUCCUCUAUAUAUUUUGUGGGACCUAAUAUGGGGUCGAUAAGUAGACUUUUUGUAGUUCAGUAAUAAGUGGUUGCGUAUGAUAUAUGAUUAAUAUAAGAGAUAUUAAUUUGAUGUAUUAUUUUUUGUUUAAUCACGAUCGCUAAUUAAUGAUUAUCACAAAUCAUAAUUUCCACCAACUAAGAUGACAUGUUAUCAUUAUCCUCAGUUAAUAUUGCAGUUUAUAUCUCCACAGAAAGCUCACUCCCCAUAUAUACUAAUGGCGAGUGUAACUUCUUUUAAACUUCGUGAAUCGAGACCAAACUUUUUGCAAUAUAUUGAGAAUCAAUAAAUGCACUUAUAUAAAUCACUUUACCUAACCACCUAAUUUAUUGGGUGCAAUAAAUUACUCGAAAUACUUUUGAAAGAAAACAUACAUACAUACAUGUUACAUGGCGAGAUCUCCAUCCAAAAUAAAGGAUUAGUCUGCGUCGACUGCGCCAUUACUUUGUAUUAUACAACUUCGGCGGGUAACAUUUCUCCAUCCCUUUCGGUCUGCAGCUAAUCUUCUCAUACAAUCAAUCGUUCCAAUAUCUGCUCAGCAUCCUCAAUAAAUACAUCAUUUAAGCUCUUCCUAGGCCUACCUCUUGAUCUCUUCCCAUGCUUGGGUUUCCAUUCAAGUAGAUAGUUCAUGCAUUCUACUGACAUGUCCAAACCAACGC